AUGCCGACUUACGCCGAAGUAUUGGACAAAGCCAUUCAGGCCGAGGCUAACCUGAAUCGAUACCAGAGUUCGGGGGAGAACCAGCGAAAGAGACAGAACUAUGACAAUCGCCGAGGACAGCGGGGCACCAAGAAGAAGCCGAACGUGGGCAGUGCUGGUAACCUAAGGCAGGAAGGUAGUGCUAAACCGACGUGUUCGGAUUGUGGGAAGCAACAUUUCGGGGUUUGUCGACGGAAGUCUGGAGCUUGUUAUGAAUGUGGCGAAGUGGGUCAUUAUGUAAAAGAUUGCCCUAAGACCAAGACCGAUAACAACAAGAAAGGUGAGAGUACCUUGGGUUCUGCUCAGAAGGAUGCUUAUGUGUUAAUUGAUUCGGGUUCUACGCACUUGUUUGUAUCUGCUAAAUUUGCCGAGAAAAUUGAUAGAGAACUAGAGCCCCUCGAUUAUGUGUUAUCUUUGUCUACUCCAUUUGGGAGAUCUAUGAUUGUUGCAGCCAUCUAUAGAGCAUGUGUUGUUGUGAUUGAGAAUGUUGAAUUGUUAGUAGAUUUAAUGCCUCUGGACGUAGCUCAUUUCGAUGUUAUACUGGGAAUGGAUUGCAUAAUAUUCAAAGAAGCUAGUAAGAGUUGA